AUGCUUCUCUGUGGCAGAGCAGAUGAUCCAUCAUGUCCGGAUGCCGUCCAAGCUGACGACGACGACGCCAUGCUCGGGUUACCAGCUGCUCGCGGCGACAGGCCGCCCGACGAUGAUGGCGACGGCGGCGGCGGCGGCGGCGCAGCCCCCGCGGCUGCAGGCUCCGGGCAGCGGCCAUUGUCGCCGGGCUGGCGUGCGGGGGGCGGCGGGGAGGCGAGGGGGCUCGUGCUCGCGUGCGCCGACCUCGUCCACCGGGGGGACAUCGACGGGGCACGCCGCGCCGCGGAGGACGUGCUCGCCGGCGUUGACCCGCGGGGCGACGCGGCCGACCGCCUCGCGCAUCACUUCGCCCGCGCGCUCCUGGCUCUGCGCGUCGGGGACAGGGGCGGAGGCGGCGGCGGCGGCGGUGAAGGGGCAGUGGGCGUGGGCGUGGGCGCGGCGCCGUCGGAGAUGGUGCCGUCGUCGGUGGCGUACCUGGCGUACAUCAAGAUCGCGCCGUUCCUACGGUUCGCGCACCUGACGGCGAACCAGGCGAUCCUGGAGGCGGCGGCGGACGACGGCGCGCACCGGCGCGUGCUGCACAUCGUCGACCUCGACGCCGCGCACGGCGUGCAGUGGCCGCCGCUCCUGCAGGCCAUCGCCAACCGCGCCGACCCCGCCGUCGGCCCGCCCGAGGUCAGGCUCACCGGCGCCGGCCCCGACCGCGACGUGCUCCUCCGCACCGGCGACCGUCUCCGCGCCUUCGCGAGCUCCCUCAACCUCCCCUUCCGCUUCCACCCUCUCAUACUCCCCUGCACGGCCGAGCUGGCCGCUGACCCGACCGCCGCCCUGGAGUUGCACCCCGACGAGACGCUGGCCGUGAACUGCGUGCUGUUCCUGCACAAGCUCGGCAGCGACAGCGAGCUCGCCGCCUUCCUCAGGUGGGUCAAGUCCAUGAACCCUGCCGUGGUGACCAUCGCGGAGAGAGAAGGAACCUCCGCCUCCGCCUCUACCGGAGAUGGAAGCGACGACGUCCCCGAUGAGCUGCCGCGGCGGGUGGCGGCCGCGAUGGACUACUACUCAUCGGUGUUCGACGCGCUGGAAGCGACGGUGGCGCCGGCCAGCGCGGACCGGCUGGCGGUGGAGCAAGAGAUCCUCAGCCGGGAGAUCGACGCGGCGGUGUCGGGGCCGGGCAGCGGCGGCGGCCGCGCCCGCGGCUUCAACGCGUGGGCGUCCGCCGCGCGCACCGCCGGGCUCGCGCCGCGGCCGCUGAGCGCGUUCGCGGCGUCCCAGGCGCGGCUGCUGCUGCGGCUGCACUACCCGUCGGAGGGGUACGCGGCGGAGGACGACGGCCGCGGCGCCUGCUUCCUCCGGUGGCAGGACCGGCAGCUCAUGUCGGUCUCGUCGUGGCAGCCACAGUAG